CUGGGGCUGGGGGUGGCGGGGUGGCAGCUUCGGACCUGGUCAGCUGCCCAGCUGGCGCUGCUGGGGGCAGAUCAGCCGUUGCCGCGGGGGGGGAGCCCUGCGGCGGCAGCGGGCGGGGCUGCUGGCAGCAGCGACGCAGCAGCUGCAGGACCAGCAGCAGCUGUAGGAUCAACGACAGCGGAGGCUUCCACCUCCUCGACCUUUUCAUCAGCAGGGCCCUUCAGCUCUCUGGUGCCUGAGCCGUUGCGCACAGCGGGCGUGUUUGAGGAAGACUGGAAGCACACUGACAAGUCCUGGCUGCUCGUCAUCCUGCUAGCGCGCCUCGGCACCCUCCUCACCGCCGCACACUGCCUCCUCACCGCCAACCCCGCAACCGCAACCGCCGCCGCUACCUUCGCCGCCGUCUGCUUCGCAGCUUCGCUGCUACCCGCCGCCAUCCCACACGUCCGCCAGCUCCUCGCCGCGUCGUCGUCGUACGGCAAUGGCGGGGCAGCCGCCGCCGCCAAGCUUGCCGUACCGUUGCUCGCUGCUGACGUGGCGUUCCUAGUCGCAUUGGCGCCGGCGGCGCCGCCGAUCGCUCGCGCCGUCGCCGCGGCGGCAAUGGCGGCGGGUCUGGCGGCUGCGGCCAUCGCCGCGGCGGCGUCGCCGCGACUAUCCGGGUUACGAGCUGCCGCCGGCGACGUGGCGACGUUUCAUGUGGUGCUGCGGUUGCCUGCCAGCGGUACCCUGAUCGAUACCACGUGGGGACAUCGGCCCUUGAGCGGCGUUGUGGGCGGAAUGCUUCAAGAAGAAGGAGGAAAGGAAGCAGCAGCAACAGCAACAGCAGCAGCGGCGGAACAAGACCAGCCGGCGGGUGUCGGCGCCGCUAUCGCCAGCGGCGGCAAGCCGAUGCAUGCCGGCGGCGAGGGCGAUCCGCAGGCUCGUUUCCGGCCGUUGGAGGCGCUGCUGUCCGCUGUCGUACUCGAGGGGCUGUACCUGGGGGAGCGGUGCAGCCUCACGCUCUCUCCCGACGACUUCCUCUCACUUGCCGCCGCCGCCUCCUCCUCCGCCUCCGUCACAUCCUCCGCCUCCGCCUCACCAUCGGCUUCCUCAUCCCCUCCCGAGGAGGAGGCCGUCACUGCAGGGGACGGGGAUCUGCCGCUGUCACCCACCUCAGUGGAGCUCUUCCACAACCCCGGGCUGGUUUGGUGGCAGUCACUUGAUGACCUGCACCGCAAGAUGGGUCUGGGAGCCGUCGGAACAGCGGGCAGCAGGCGGGAUGAAGAUGAGGAGGAGGCCGAGGAGGAGGAGGAAGGAGGCGAUGGUUCAACUUCCUCUAGCACCAGCCCUAGCACUAGCAGUAAGAUCACAAGCAGCAGUAGCGGUAGCAAGAGGAGUCCUGUACGGCAGGGCGAUGUGUUUUGGUAUCCGUUGGGGGGCCUGGUAUCGGAGCUGGGUUGCCGGCGGCUGAGCACGCAUGAGGGGGCGGGGGGGCAGCAGCAGGCGGGCAGGAGGAUAGCGGGGGCGGACAGCUGGGGCCCGGUGCGGGUUGCGGCGGUGUCUCCAUGCGGCCAGUGGGUGCAGCUGGAUGGAAAUGUGGGGAUGGAGAUGAGUGGGGAGGCGGUGGAGGUGGAAGUGGAGAUUGUGGAGCUGCGAAAGGGGGCAGGGCGGCCGCGGUGAGGGUUUCUGAACUGGCGUGUUGUUUGGGUAACAAGAAGUAAUUUGCCUGAAUGUAUGCCGUGACGGGCGUGUGAGGGUUAAGAGUUGAAGUGGCGCGAUUAAAAUGUCUACUGUAUCGGCUUGAGGAGGAGGCGUGACCCAUGGGUCGUUUCUUCGGUGUCGAUGGGCCUCUCCAUCCAUACGGUGUCCACCAGGAGCCCCAUUGCUGAGGUGUGAUUGGUUUGGUACACGGCGAGGGGCUGCUGCAGCCUGCAACAGCAGCAGCAGCAGCAGUGCUCUUACGGUACACUUCCCCUACCUCUCAUCUCUCCUACAGAGAGAUAGAUUUCACGUCCUGUAGCAACACCGGCAAGCGGUGACACCAUAAUGAAGCUUCGCUGGCAGUCCUUAAAACACAGUUAUAUCACGCGUUGCCCGAGGGGAUGUACGCCGUAAAGGGGAUCCGUACGCUGCCCCUUGCCGCCUAUGCACAUAUGCACGCAUGACACCUUGAUAAUUGGCACGGACAAAGUACGUCUAGUGGGUGGAGAAACCACGAUGUACUUGUAGUACUCAAGUCGCUGAUGACGAUAGCAGUGUGAUGCAUGCGCGCAUGCAGGCAGGCAGUCCACAGGCAGCACCAUGUCUAUACGUAAGGCACCACGAC